AUGCUAAAUUGUUAUGGAUUUAAAUAUGCAACAAGAGCAACAAGAAUAAAAUUGGGGUGUAUGAUACCAAAGGCUGAGACCCAUUUAAACUAAGAUGGAAGAAACACAGACUUAUGUGAUCUCCUCCCCACAACUGUUCACUUGGAAGGACAUUGGGCUCCACAUGGGCAAGGGGCAUCCUCAACAGGAGCGGUGGCUAGUGAUCAACAGGAAGGUCUAUGACAUCAGCCAAUUCCAUCGGCAGCACCCAGGGGGGUCCCGAGUCAUCAGCCACUACGCGGGGCAGGAUGCCACGGAUGCCUUUGUGGCCUUCCAUCUUGACAAGGCACUGGUGAGAAAGUACAUGAUGCCAUUGUUGAUCGGGGAGCUGGCACCGGAUCAACCCAGCAUUGAGCCCCACAAAAACAAAUUGCUGGUACAAGAUUUCCAAGAGCUGCGUGCCACCGUCGAGAAGAUGGGACUUCUGAAACCCAAUGGUCUUUUCUUCUUCCUGUAUUUUCUGCACAUUCUGCUGCUUGAAGCUGUCAGCUGGAUCAUCCUCUGGUACUUUGGAGUGUCCCCAGUGCCUUUCGUCAUCUCAGCAGUGCUGAUAGCAACUGCCAUGGUCCAAAAUGGUUUUCUGCAGCAUGAUUUGGGGCACCUCUCAGUUUUCAGCAAGCCCAAAUGGAACCAUUUGGGUAGCCACUUUGUGAUGGGCUUUCUGCAGGGGGGAUCAGCCAGCUGGUGGAAACAUCUGCACAACCAGCAUCAUGCUAAGCCAAACUGUUUCCGCAAGGACCCUGAUCUCAACAUGCAUCCCCUCUUGUUCGCUUUGGGAAAGAAGCUCUCUGUGGAGGUGAGCAUGGGAAGCUGCAAGAAACAACUUGGACUUCAGGGAGAAUCCAAAGUUAGGAAGUUAUUGAUGGUCAGGUACUGACACUCUAGUAAUUGAAACAUGAGAGAAACUGUUGCAUCUGCAUAUCAGAUAUGUUGGGAAAGGUCCAGUGGGUAGAUGGACUUGAUAUUUAAGAUCUCACUGAUUCUAGGAUGACACAGGGAGACGAGAUGAAGAAAGACUGGAAAGGAUUGGGGGGAGAGCAAUGAAGGAAAACAUUAGGAAGGGAAAAGAAAAACAGCUGUUAAUUUUAUAUGGCUGAGCAAUAAUAUCUGUACUAAAGACAUAAUACUAUUUCAGUUGACAUGUCCAAAUAGCACUUUUCCAGUUACAUAAAUGCUGUUCUGGGAACUUAA